GGGAGAUUUAUAGGUUAAAAAUGUUGGUAGAAAUGACGAGUUAUUGUAGAGUUGAUGUUUUGAGAAAACACACUUCUUGAAACACCUAUUGCGAUUCGUCAAUAAGAUAUAAAAACAAUAAGUAGUAAACAAUGGAAAAUAGCGGUGAAAGUGCUGAUGAUACGGGUCCUCAAAGCGCAUCAAGCUAUUUUACCAGUAGUGGAGUUCCUGCCAAUUACAUUGGAGUUCAGUCAGAUGAUCUGGAAGAUGAUCCGGAGAACACUGAUGACUCCACUCACGAAGGAGGUGAUCCUCUACAUGGUGGUGGAAGUGGUAGCAAUUCAGGACCUCUUAGAGAACAAGAUCGUUUUUUACCAAUAGCAAAUGUAGCAAAAAUAAUGAAAAGAGCGAUACCUGAAGCAGGAAAAAUAGCAAAAGACGCCAGAGAAUGUGUUCAAGAAUGUGUAUCCGAAUUUAUAUCAUUUAUCACGUCAGAAGCUAGUGAUCGUUGUUACAUGGAAAAGCGAAAGACAAUCAACGGAGAAGAUAUUCUAUUUGCUAUGACGACACUUGGUUUCGAUAAUUAUGUUGAACCACUCAAAAUAUAUUUACAGAAAUACCGAGAAGCUACAAAAGGAGACAAUCCACAAGCUGGCAUAAAUUCAGCAGGUAAUGGAAAGACUGAUUCUACUAAUACACUGUACGAAGAGCAAUUAUUUGGAAUUACUGCAUCUAACGCCUCAACGUCAGACACUCCUGUUAUAUAUAGUUAUUCAUCAUCAGACCAAAUGCAGUUUCAACUUUCUUGAUCAUCCAACGAUUUCUCAAACAGCUGGUCUUGCCUGAAAAGUUAAAAAAGUUUUUUUUCUUCAGUUCUUUGCACUUUUAUUGGAUAUCAUAUUAUUAAUACUCUUUAAUUGAUCUUUUAUGUAAAUGAGUGAUAAAUAAAUUAUCAUAAAAACACUACAAAAAUUGCAUAAAAUAUGUUUGG